AUUUCUCAAUUUACAAUGUAGUAAUCUUAUUGAGACGAAACUUGUAUUAUUUAAUGAAGCUCUCAUAGCACAUGUGAUUCGUUUACAUCACGAAAAAUUCUUUCUAUAAAAUAUGACAACCAAAACUGUGACAGUUAAAAACACUAAUAAAAAUUCCAAUAUUAACGCGCAACAUUCAAGUGAAUAUAUAGCAGCGUUGAAAAAUAUAUUAGAUGAAAAAUUAUUUCCGACCAAUUUCGAUAUGUGGCCUAUACAAGAACAAUCUACUUGGAUAAGUAAAAAUAUCGCCAAACUCUUUCCGAAUACGCCAAAGUCAUUGCUAGACUUUAUUCCAGCUUUGUAUCGUCAAUGUGAUUACGGUCGAUCGCAAGAAAAAAAACCCGAAUGGUUAGAUAUGGAUAAAUAUCGCCGAGGACAAAAAUUUGUGCGUGAUCAUUAUUUCUCGCUUAUAAUCUCUAAAAUAUUAGGCAUUAUGCAUAUUUAUUCUUUCGACGAUGCUCUUAAAUCGAUUAUUAUAAGUGGGCGCUCUCAUACGCCAUACUUGGGAUUUAAAAGGUAUUUGUCGACUAUAAAACGGUUUCUUAAUUUUUACAACGGAGAGCCUUGGGUUAAAGGAACGACCGCCUACAACGACAUGCAAUUUGCACGUAAAAUGCAUUUGAUAACGAGACAAAAAUUGUGCAAGCUCGAUAAUGAGCAAAUCAACAAUGCUUGCGAAAUCGCAAAAUCGUGGUCCCCGGAUCACGAAACGCUUGCAAAAGAUUUUGCCGCGACGUGUCCAUUUGAGAAAUCGGGACAACGUCCUUUUCUCUUAUUAGACAAAUCGCCCCAUAGAUACAUAGGUUUAAAUAGCGCAGAUAUAGCAGGCGCUCAGUGCGGCUUUGUAGCUUUAUUUUUACUCUGUCCGCAAAAUAUCGGAGUGCACGACGCGACUGAUGAAGAUUUAGAGGCUUUCUGCCAUAUGUGGAGAUGCUACGGAUAUUGUCUCGGAAUGGAAGACGAGUACAAUUUUUGCCGUGGUAGUCUGGAAGAAAUAAAACAGCGUACGCGAGAUCUAUAUCAAUAUUGGAUACUACCCAAUUUUAAAGAUGUUACACCGGAUUGGGAACAUAUGACGAGAUGUCUUGUCGAACCAAUGAAUUUUUAUCCUUUCUUAUAUAUGCCGUAUAAAGCAAUGACAUUAAUUUCUACAGAUAUAUUAAAUCUAAAUAUGCCGAAUUUAUAUACAUCGCUCAAUUACACAGAGUGGAUUGCUUACAAAGUCUGGACAUUUAUAUUACAAUAUGCUCUGCAAUUCUCCACUAUACGAGCAAUUUUUAAUAGAAUAACAUGCAAAGCAGUUAAUAUAGCAAUGAAUUAUAGUCCAGAGAAGCAAAUAGAACUUCAAGAAAAAUCAAGAAAGCUAUUUUCCUGAAUUGUUCUGAUAUAUAUUAAUAUAGUUUAAAUGUUUAAAUAUUCAAAGUUUCAAAAAUCUAUAGCACGCAAAGAAUUAUGGAAAACUUCAAUUUUUCUUGAUUUUAUAAAAAUCCUGGAGUUCAUAAUAAUUCAUAAUAUAAUCAUAUAAAUUAUAAAUAAUCCUACCUGAUAUUGCUGGAUUCAUUUCCAUAAACUGCGCAGAUAUGAAUCUAAAACAAAAAAGAAAAAAUUUUAGGAGAUAAGAAAUGUCAUAUCAAAACGUAUGUAUUAUAUAUCAAAGUUAUUGCAAUACAUCAGAAUUUCAAAAUCGUAAUUUAUGAUAUAUAUUUUCAUAAAAUGGAUACAUAUAGUAUAAUAAAU